GAGGGCGGAGGGCGGUGGCAGCGCUGGCGCUGGAGACCGGCUCGGUGGCUUCGGGAAACAGCUCGGUGCGGGCAGCCGCCCCCUUUACUCCGCAUCCCGCUCUCUACACGGCUCGCAGCCCCUUCGCCACUGGCGUCCGGAGAUGUGUCCCGCCGGCCCGGCGUAGCAACCGCGCGUGCGCGGAACCGCGGGGCCAUGAGCGAAGCUGGCGGCGGCCCCGGCUGUGGGUCCCCGGUCCCCCAGCGAGCGCCAUGGAGCCUGGUGGCGGCGACGGCAGCGCUCUGCCUGGUGUCAGUCACGUCCGUGUGGACGGCGGGGGCCGCGCCCAUGAGUAGAGAGGAGAAGCAGAAGCUUGGGAAUCAAGUACUGGAAAUGUUUGAUCAUGCUUAUGGUAACUAUAUGGAACAUGCUUACCCAGCUGAUGAACUCAUGCCCUUAACCUGCAGAGGUCGAGUUCGAGGCCAGGAGCCAAGUCGGGGUGAUGUUGAUGAUGCCUUGGGAAAGUUUUCUCUGACACUGAUUGAUUCUUUGGACACUCUUGUGGUAUUAAAUAAAACUAAAGAAUUUGAAGAGGCGGUGAGAAAAGUUUUAAGAGAUGUUAAUUUAGAUAAUGAUGUAGUAGUAUCAGUCUUCGAAACAAACAUCAGAGUUCUCGGGGGUCUUUUGGGUGGACACUCACUGGCAAUCAUGCUGAAAGAAAAAGGCGAGUACAUGCAGUGGUACAAUGAUGAACUUCUCCAAAUGGCAAAGCAGUUGGGUUACAAACUUCUACCAGCUUUUAAUACUACCAGUGGCCUUCCUUAUCCAAGAAUUAAUUUAAAGUUUGGAAUCCGAAAGCCGGAAGCUCGGACAGGAACUGAGACAGAUACCUGUACAGCUUGUGCAGGUACCUUGAUCCUUGAGUUUGCUGCUUUAAGUCGAUUCACAGGAGCAACAAUAUUUGAGGAAUAUGCAAGGAAAGCUCUUGAUUUUCUCUGGGAAAAAAGACAGCGAAGUAGUAAUUUAGUGGGUGUGACUAUUAAUAUUCAUACUGGAGAUUGGGUACGCAAAGAUAGUGGAGUUGGAGCAGGAAUUGAUUCAUAUUAUGAAUAUCUAUUGAAAGCCUAUGUCUUGCUUGGAGAUGACAGUUUUCUGGAAAGAUUUAAUACACACUACGAUGCCAUAAUGAGGUACAUUAGCCAGCCACCUCUUCUACUUGACGUGCAUAUCCACAAACCAAUGCUGAAUGCUCGGACUUGGAUGGAUGCUUUGCUUGCCUUUUUUCCAGGCUUACAGGUUUUAAAGGGAGAUAUUAGACCUGCUAUUGAAACUCAUGAAAUGUUGUAUCAGGUGAUUAAAAAACACAAUUUUCUGCCAGAGGCAUUUACAACAGAUUUCAGAGUACACUGGGCUCAACAUCCUUUAAGGCCUGAAUUUGCAGAAAGUACCUACUUCUUAUAUAAAGCAACAGGAGAUCCUUACUAUCUUGAAGUAGGGAAAACACUUAUUGAAAAUUUAAAUAAAUAUGCUAGAGUGCCUUGUGGAUUUGCUGCCAUGAAGGAUGUUCGUACUGGAAGUCAUGAGGACAGAAUGGAUUCUUUCUUCUUGGCUGAAAUGUUUAAGUAUCUUUACCUAUUAUUUGCGGAUAAAGAAGACAUUAUUUUUGACAUAGAAGAUUACAUCUUUACAACAGAAGCUCAUCUGUUACCUCUUUGGCUCUCUACUACAAAUCAAAGCAUCUCUAAGAAGAACACAACUUCAGAAUAUACAGAACUGGACGACAGUAAUUUUGAUUGGACUUGUCCAAAUACUCAGAUUCUCUUCCCUAAUGAUCCACUGUAUGCUCAGAGCAUUCGUGAACCCUUGAAAAAUGUGGUGGAUAAGAGCUGUCCUAGAGGCAUCAUCAGAGUCAGAGAGGAGAGUUUCAGGAGUGGAGCUAAACCCCCUCUGAGAGCCAGAGAUUUCAUGGCCACUAACCCUGAGCAUUUAGAAAUCCUGAAGAAGAUGGGGGUGAGUUUGAUUCACCUCAAAGAUGGGAGAGUCCAGUUGGUCCAACAUGCAAUCCAAGCUGCGAGUUCAGUCGAUGCAGAAGAUGGGUUGAGGUUCAUGCAGGAGAUGAUUGAGCUGUCCAGUCAGCAACAGAAAGAACAGCAGCUUCCUCCACGAGCCGUGCAGAUUGUUUCCCACCCGUUCUUUGGCAGAGUGGUAUUAACAGCUGGGCCAGCUCAGUUUGGGCUGGAUCUGUCGAAACAUAAAGAGACAAGAGGAUUUGUUGCAAGCAGUAAACCAUACAAUGGUUGUUCAGAACUUACUAACCCCGAGGCAGUGGUGGGAAAAAUUGCUUUGAUACAAAGAGGACAGUGCAUGUUUGCAGAAAAGGCACGCAACAUCCAGAAUGCUGGAGCCAUUGGCGGCAUUGUUAUUGAUGAUAAUGAGGGGAGCAGCAGUGAUACUGCCCCUCUGUUCCAGAUGGCAGGGGAUGGAAAGGACACGGAUGACAUCAAGAUCCCCAUGCUCUUCUUGUUCAGCAAAGAAGGAAGUAUCAUUCUGGAUGCCAUCCGGGAAUAUGAGGAGGUGGAAGUCCUCCUUUCUGAUAAAGCAAAAGAGCGAGAUCCUGAAAUGGAAAGUGAAGAACAACCAUCCUCUGAACACGAUUCUCAGGAUCAGAGUGCUGAACAGAUUACGUCGAGUUCUCAGGAGGCUGAUUUGGUUGGUGCAGAGUCUCCUGAGGAAAGUUCUCUAAACUCUCACCCGGAAUCGUCAGAAUCAUCAUCUCCAGCAGAGAUGGACAAUGCUGCAAACGUCUCCCCUUCCGAACAGAAUUCUAAGCCCACAGAAAACCAUGAGACUACAAGUCUUGAUGGUGAAUGUACAGAUUUAGAUAACCAACUUCAAGAACAAUCAGAAACUGAGGAAGAUGCCAAUCCUAAUGUUAGCUGGGGUAAAAAGGUCCAGCCUAUAGACUCCAUAUUAGCAGACUGGAAUGAAGAUAUAGAAGCAUUUGAAAUGAUGGAGAAGGAUGAACUAUGACUCAUUAAGGAAUCUGGUGGUAGGUAUUUAAAAAGAAAAGGUGAACUGUGGUUAAUAGACACCCCGAUACUAAACAGGCUCUCUCUGGGAGGUGUUGAGUAUGGUGAUGAGCAGCCACAUUCUGACUGGGAUAGCAUUCGUAGGAACCAGAGAAUGUUGUGUUAGAAUUGACCUUGUUUACAACUGCCCUAUCAAAAAUGGAAACUCACAGCUCCCCCUUCAAAUGGCAGCAUUGCAUUGUCCUGCAACACCUCAGGCUAGGGAAACAUUAACUGGGCGUUCUUGGGAACCAGAUUGCUGCAGUUUCUAGAUAGAUAAGAAACAAAUUUGGGUAAUAGUGGAGUGGGGAGUAGGAAUUUGUAUAGCUUUCUAAUUGAAGGAAGCUUGGCUUUCUUGUUUUGAGUUAGAGGCUCUUUUGGGAAGAGACAUGAGCACUGUGGGCAUCCUGGUUAUGCUGCCUUCAUAAAAUCACUCUUAAGUGACUUAAGUGGAUAUGAAGCAAAUGCAUUUAUGGUGAAAACAGUCUUUGCUCAUCACUUUUCUUUGUUCAGUGACAAGCGAUCAAGGUGACUUGAUUUUUCCCCCCUCUUACCAAUGUCCUUUUUAUUUAAACCAAAGGUGAAGCCAGUGUACUUUCUCUGUGUGCUCUCUGCGUAAAGACUAAUCAGUGGGACCAGGUAAAAAGGUCAGAUAAUAUAUUGUGGAAAUUGGUUACUUAAUGCUUUGGAAGAACAGAGCAAGGGAGAAAUUAUAAUGU